AUGGCUAGCGUUAUUUGCCAGUGGUUUUUGCAAGCGGUCCUCUUGUCAACCCAAAGGUUGCUGUACGGCAACUUGAAAGACGAGAGAAGGCUCAAGGCUUACGUUCUUGGAGUCAAUGUGAUGUGUAUGAUGCACACAUUGUUGCGAACUAUCCUCGCUUUCGAUUACAUCCACGGUGCUCUGGGACAACAUAUUGCAGCGCCCGGAUUUACCCUCCCGGUGAUGAUCACCAUUGAAACUAUGGUCAUUCAGAUAUACUUCCUGUUCCGAUGUUGGAGUAUCAUGUCCAAGCGUAAAUGGGCUUUUGCGCCUUUGGUAAUGAUAUGGAUCUUAUCAGGUGUUGCUGGAGUAUUUUUUGCAGUGGCUACGGAUUACAGGCCUGAUUUGGUAAUGAUAACUUUGGCGAGUUGGGUAGGAUUAUCAUUCUCCCUGGACCUUAUCAUGACUACAAUAAGUAAACAUCCCCCUUUUCUUCGUCUGCUAUCCACCAAUACGUUUCACAGCAAUGGGCUACCUGAUUCAACGACAACGAGAAUUUUCGAUAAAACAGAAUAUAAGGCAUAUUCUCGAGUGCUCAUGAGCAUUUGGAAUAUGCUUUGGUUGGCCGCUAUACCCCCAAUGUUGGCUAUGAUGGGGUUGAUAGUCACUAUGUAUGUCGUUGAUUCUAAAAGUUGGGCAAUGUUCAUCUACGAUAUUCUCAGCAAACUGUUCAUUCUAUCCCUCUUGAUUGCACUUACUGGACGGGAACGUGCUGCAAACAAGUUGAAGGAAACGACCCAAAUGGAGCUUGGUCUGGCCGCUGCUAGUUCGGGCUCGAGCCUCGCCCCCACCUCGCUCUGCUGCGGAGAUGAAACCAAGGCAACUACAGGAUGUUUUAUUGUACUUUUGGCGGCUGUCUUGUCUGUCGUGUGGCACCGGAGACAGCGCUGGCGGCGGGCUCGUCCAUGGCUCACAAAACUCCGAGCUGAAGCUGCGAAUAAGAUCGAAAAGGAGCGAUCCGACAUUCACAAAGAAACUACACGGUCUAAUGACAUCAAGGAGGCGCCCAAAGAUGUGCCCAAGGACAAGGCCAGCGAGAAGGAAAGAAAGGGAAAGGAACGUAACAUUCCGGCUGAAACCAAGAGCGACGGGAGUUCUGUAGGGAAACGCGCCAAGGAACGGCGACGGCGUGGAAGGGAGUCAAAGCCUACUCGUACGGCGUCUGCAGCCCUCAUUAGCAACUCUCAAACCCGACCGCCUGCUAAUCAACUUAAUGAAACUCACGCCCAACCCUCGCAUAACUCCCCUUCGUCGCCGUUCCUUGUCCCAUUGCCCCCUUCUCCUGUACUGCCCCAGCGGAUUCAUCCAUGCCUCCUACUCUUUUGCUAUCUCCAACCUCCCCUAUUUCGACUUCUAACCACACCUACGACAUCAACUUCCACUUCUCCAGCACCAACUCCUCCUGCGUUUCUGACCAAUUCAAACGCAAACGCAAAGGUGCCCAGUUCCAAAUUACCUGCUUUUCCGCCUGCAUCGCCUCUUCCGCCCAAUCUGGCGCGCAAACCACCACCGCUAGUUCGCAAAUCAACCCCUUCGCUGACGUCAAUCAACACUGGCUGGUUGAAUCGAAAGCCGUCGUUUAAUGCCGAACGAAGAGGUAGCAAAGAAAGCGAAGAGGUUGAGUUUCCCACUCUCAAUCACUGGACCACGGCGGGAAAGGACGAGUCCUCGGGAAGGCCAAAGGCUGGCAGAAAACCCAGUGAUGCCGCGCGUAAAGAUCAACCUGGACGGGGCCGAAAACCGAGCGACUCCAAAAAGGCCGGUAAUUUGUCGACCCCAGAGUCAACCCAGAUCGCCUCGCUCAAAGGAGCCUUGGAAGCUGCCCGAUUGAGAGAAGAAGAAGUUGCCGAAGAAAGACGGACGUGGCAAAAAAAGGAACGAGAGUUGCAAACCCAAGUAAACCAACUUUCUCACCAAUUGCACGCGCUCACUGUUGCUUUCGCGACUGGCGGAGGACAAGGGUACCCACCGUAUGGUUACGGGUACGGAACAGCAUAUGACCCAUCUCAGCCAACGACACCGAUCAGUAAACCCGAACUUCCGUCAUCUGAACAGGCACCCACGGUCGAUCAAUCUCACACGCCUAAGGAUCCGCUGGGUUCUGUCGUUCCGCCUUCUCCGGCCGGUACCACUCGGACGCCUGGGCCUGCAUAUCCGACGCCCUACCCGUAUCAUCCCUAUGCCCAAUACCCACUGUUCGUGCCUCCUCAGCCGCAUCCUCAAUCCCAAAUGAUAAUGGCUUCAACGCCCAUGAUGUCGCCCCCAGCCCAACACGGAAAUAUGUCCCCGCCUCAAGCAUCGCCAUACCUCUUUUCUGCACACCCAUGGAAUGCGAUACACCGAGGGGAAGCCCCAUGCGAUCCCCAAGACGUGGCGGUUCAAGGCCGCGACGUCAAGGCACGGGGACGCCGAGCACUCCGAGCACACUACCCUCCCUGGUGCAAGUGCAGAUGCCUGGGUCCCUCCCCGAGAAGAUUACGUACCCUCCGAGAGGAUUAUGUCCCGAUCCCUCCCCCUCCGUCUGGAAUCAAGCGUGAACGCGAGCCCGAGACCGAUGAAGCGCUCAGUUCGAGCGAAGAUGAAUCAGACGAAGAUUCAGUCAUUUUCGAGGAUGGUUCCGUUGGUGAUUCGGUUAAUCUAUCUCUGCAUGGGGGAGAUGGCCUGAGAGACAAGGGCAAGGACCUGGAGGUUGCUGCACCAGUGAGGAUUCGAGUUGGGGAAGAGAUCAUGUAA